AUGUUGCAUUUAUUCUCUGAAUUUUAUUACGUUCAGAUGCUUGCUGCUAACAACUGUCGGAAACAGCACAAUGGAACUCUUGCCAAGGUUGAAAGCCGCGACAAAUCAUAUUUCUUGAGCACCUUGUUCCCGUCAAAAACCAAGUUUUGGAUUGGUCUUCAGCGAGUGUCCGGGGAUUUCCAAUGGCCAGACGGCACCUGGCUUCAUUCAAAUGAUUAUCAAAUGUGGGCUCCAGGAUAUCCGAACUAUGACGGUGACUGUGUCUACAUGUACCAGUAUUCUGGAUUUAGCUUUGGUUGGUUCACCGACGAUUGCUACGACGACUUCGACUAUGUCUGCCAAAGUGCACCGUGCUCGGCAGAUACAUAUUGCUCAACAUUGGCUUAG